AUGGGCGAGGGAAAUGGUAUAAUACCAUUGAUCCUGCCCCAGUGGGCAGAAUCAUCCUUCACGCACUCCCUUGUAGCAGUUUUCACGUCAUCUGGAAUGGCUUCGGCAUUAGCAGUCAAACGCCCCGGAACCCCUAGUGGUGGCAUCCUACGACCGCCCACAGCCGCUUGUUGGUUCUUCGCCGACAGGCAAGGUCCCCUAUGCCCUUUCGUCGAAGACGAGGAGGAUGAUUACCACAAGAAGGAGGACGAGCAGCAGAAUAACAGCAUCUCCACGGCAGUGGUAAGGGUCCGAUCCGUCCGCUUCCCCGCCGACAACCCCGUCACCGCCAUCCAGCCCGUCAGUAGAUGGAUCAACACGACGGUAAUUCCUUCCCCGGUGGACCCCGAUCAUGUCUCUGAUACCCAUCUCCUCCCAGUGCACCCAUCCAGUCCCACCACCGGCAGGAAGUUCUCCAGCCGGCCUCGCCAUCAGUGGCCGCCGGCCAUAGACACCACCAUGCUUCACGCCGCCAGCACUUCUUGCGACAGCCCAGCCAUGUGGUCCUACAGGUCGCCUUCAACGCCAUCCUCUCCAUCACCGGUCAAGGUCAACUCGCCUUCUGCAUUCACCCUCGUCUUAAACGCGACGCUGGCCGCUCUGCAGCAGCAAAAAGCCAACGAGCAACAGCAACAGCAACAGCAGCAGUCUCAACAGCAAGGCUCGGAUGGUUCCUUGACAGCGGCAGCGAGCUUGCUAGAGGAUAUCGCGAUGCAGUUGCGCACGGGGCCGAAGAGGAAGAGGGCGUGGAUGACGGGGUGUGCCGACGACUUGGCGAACGGGGAGGUGCAGACUGCGGUAAGUACUUCUCUCCCCCCUCCUUUGAAGAAGGCGCGGUGCUGGUGGGGCCAAGGCGAGGGCGUGUCGGCUAUGGGGAGCGGUGACGGCGAUCUGGUAAUGGACGAUGCGCCGACAUGGACGUGGCCGGGGAUGCAGCAACAGCAACAGCAACAGCAACAGUACUUCUCCAGUCAGAUGGACGUGGAUUGGGACUUGACGCCGAGACAGGUGAGGACGGGCUUGAAUAACAUUGUUGGGGACGUAGAUGGGUAUGAGGCCGAAGACGAGGAUAACGAGGAUGGCAAUGGGGAGGAGCAGGCUCCUCCGAGAGGUCUCCGCUUCUCCUGUAUUACAAUGCGUUGGAGGGUCCUUCUCGUCGCAGCAAUCAUCGGGGCAGAAAGUCUUGGGUGGGAGGAGCAAUGUGCCGAGGAUGACGUAAGUUGGGCGUUGUCUGGGUCGCAGCUGCCGAUCGCUGCGCGUCAGACGGCCCCUCCUCCACCCCACACUUGCGCCAACGCCAUGCCCUUCGGAAAGCAGCUCGACGGUCUCAUCUCCAAGGCGAAGACCCAGUACGACAAGUACCAGGCCUCGCACCAGCAAGCUCCUCCCGUGCCACCCCAUCCCAAUCAGCAGUACCCCGGCCAGCAGCAAUACCCCGGCCAGCAGUACCACCAGCAACACCAGCAGCAACAGCAGUACUACCCCGCCAACCCUCCCAAUCCUGCACCCAAUCCCGCCGCAUACUACCAACCUGCCGCUCCGCAUUUCUAUCCCGGCUCUCACCCUCCGCAGCAACAACAACAGCAGUCAUACUACCAGCGACCCCCGCCGCCGCCGCCGCACCCCUCUCAGCAGCAGCAGCAGCAGCAGCAGCAAUACCCCCCACAACAGUAUGGCCAGCCUCAAUACGGCCAGCCCCCAUACGGGCAGCAGCCUUGGGGGCAGCCGCAGUAUGGGCAACCGCCGUAUCAACAACAGCCAUACCAGCAACAACCUCCGCCCGUCCCGGCCCAUCCGAGCGCCCCACCGCACUACUGGGAACCCACCCUCCACCCAAGCGCCCCCGUCUCCGUGAACUUCGAGCACAAACAGGGCGCCACGGGCUGGGGCAACAAUGAAGCCCAAAACUACACCUCGGACCCGCGCAAUUCGUUCCACACGCCCGCCGGCGCCCUGGUCCUGCGCGCCAUCGCCGACAACUCGGCGCCUGACGGCCACAAGUACACGAGCGCGCGCCUGGUGUCGCACCAGCCGCUGGCCCGCGACCGAGGGUUCCUGCAGGUGCGGCUGACGGCGCCGUCGGCGCGGGGUGUGUGGCCGGCCUUCUGGCUGCUGCCGCGCGAACCGUUCGCGUGGCCGGGCGACGGCGAGGUCGACAUCUUCGAGGCGUGGAACGGCGUGCGCGAGAACCACGCCUGCCUGCACUGGGGCCACUUCGACGGCAACGACUGGAACAAGCACCGCGUCAAGGAGACGCCCGUCCCGCUGCUCGACCACCCCAAUGGCCGCUGGUACGGCUUCGCGUGGGACCAGGACGGCCCCGGCGGCCGCAUGGUGUGGUAUGUCGACGGCGCGCCCGUCAUGAAGGCUGAGAUUCCGCCUGGUACGCGCAGGCUGGCGGAUUUUCAGAUCAUUAUUAAUGUCGCCAUGGGCGGGAACGUCAACCAGGGAGUGCUGCCCGAUAAUGGGCAGUAUGAUAUGGUCAUUCACUCCCUCAAGCUCCACGAGGAGCCGACGGGAGGCUGGGCUGGGUUCCAGAGGGAUUGGGCGACUGCCCCUGAGGGACAUGCGAUGUAG